AUACAUCUCACGUAUAUCAUCACAGCUACUAAAUAGUGUUGCUUUUUAUUUUUAUCUCCGAAAGCAUCAGAGUUGAUAAUCUGGAUGUUAACCAAAACAAACACCAUCUUUCAUAUUUUUACAUUUAGAUAAAGUUAGAGAAUCCCGGCAAGCAGCACGUGACGUGAUGCCGAUAAUACAGUUUCCUCGAUUUUGCCUGGAAAGGAUGACAUUGGUGUUGCCAGUUCGCCCAUAAGACGCUGCACCCCCCUGAUUAGUAUUGUCUUGUGCUUGUGCCUUAACCUUAUUUUUCAUUUCCAAAAUAGUUGGGAGAAAGUGGUUAGAAAAAUGUCUUUGCAAGUCGCUAGUAAAACGUAUAUGCUUUUGGGCCAGUGUGUACCCUGCCUCAAACAAGGAGUUUCAAAAUUCAAAGUUAAAAGGCUGGAAUUGGAUGAAAACUUACAUAAGUACUUCCCAAAACACGAAUUCGUCUAUGCUCACGAUCCAGAAAAACUAUGCAAGUCAGGUGAUAUUGCUCUGAUAGAACUGCUACCCGAAAAACUAACUCGUCUCAUAUAUCAUAAAGUGAAGAAGGUGGUUUACCCCAUGGGAGAUAUCACAGACCCCAUAACAGGCAAGAAAGUCAUAGUAGGAAAGUAUAGAGAUCACAUAGAGAAAGUUAAUGAGGUGUAUGGUAGAAGGAAAGAAGCAUUUGACUAUGAUAAGGCACCUGAAAGAGGCUGGCAGGAAAAUAAGAAAGACUUUACUCAUUUGGAGACAUAUAUUAAAUAUCAUGAGAGUGGAAAAGAUGAUCCAGCUGCAGUGUAGAUUUAUGUAAUAUUAGUAGUUUUAAAUAAAGUAAUAUACCUUAAAACAGCCAUUCCCAACCUUUUCUUUCUGCGAAUCUCUUAU